CACGAUAACAAGACAAGCACAAAGAUCUGCUUGAAGUCAAGUCUCAAACUGACUUUCAGCUUUGAUGAAAGAGAAGAAUGGUGUUCGGAUUAUAGUGUAGAUACACUUUUCGUGGAUGCUAGGUGCAGACGAAGUGCUUGGAUAAAUUGCACUAUUAUUAUCGCUGUCCGUUCUGAAAUUCGGACAAGUGUUCCCCGAUCGAGUAUUUGACCUUUUUUUGUUUGUUUCCUGGAGCGUAUUGCUGAGUGGAUCGCAAUGGCAGGUCCGUUGUUUUUCGUCGCUCACCUCGUCAGUUCAGCAAUUCAGCUGUUUAUGACAAUCUAUAGUAUCAUAACCUUGUCGGAUAUUGAAUGUGAUUACAUCAAUGCGCAAGAAUGCUGCAAACGCCUAAAUCAGUUUGUCCUACCUGAAAUGGUACUUCACACAUUCUUCUCCACACUGUUUCUCUUCACUGGCAACUGGAUUCUGCUAGCACUCAACUUGCCACUCAUUGCAUGGCACAUUGUUCGCUACCAAAAAGUGUCGAAAGGUCGCCUUGGUGUGUACGACCCGACCGAGAUUCACAACCGGGCCAACCUGAGACAGUUCCAGAGGGAGGUGUACGCCAAGCUAGGAUUCCACCUGAUCAUGUUUUUCCUCUAUAUUUACAACUUGGUGGUGGCACUAGUCACAAUGGGAGAUUCAUGAAAGGGAGCUGUGUGGCGACGCUCUGAGAGUUCCGUUCUGAGUGGAAUUUGAAGGUGUGACAACUGUACAUGCAUCCAGUAUGAUGUGUUGACUGGGAUUAAGUCCUGCAGUCGGGCAUUUUCGCUUUCUUACAUUUCGUGCUGGUGUAGUUCCGACUACCUCGCAAUCAGCACGUGGAUCUUGCCCGUAAGCAGAGCGUAUGCUCGGCUGGCUGUUGGAGUAUUUUCUUCAUCUCGUUUCUCUCUCUCUCUCUCUCUCUCUCUCUCUCUCUCUCUCUCGCCCUCUUGCUCUAUCUCUCUGUUCGAACGACGUGCCUGGUUUCAGGAUUCUCUGCCUUGGAUUCAAGAUAUGUUUCAACUUUAUCGGCCUGAAUAUGUUUUCGUUUGUGUAUGUAUGUGUUGUUAGCUAUGGUACCGGCACGCAUGACCUUGUUACGGCUUUUCGCUAUGUUUCUGUGCGUGCCAUGCAUAGUGCCGCUGUUGACCUGCUGCAAGUCUUCAGCGAUUUGAUCAUAUUGAAAUUGCUGUCUAUAAUCUCGCCAUUGCGCUGCCUCAGAUGAUGUAUGCUGAGAAUGUACCCUUAGUCUAGUGCUAUUUUACUGAAAA